GAAAAGAAAAUAGCAAAAUAUUAUUAAAAGAAAAUAUCUUAUCCGUGAAUUAUUUAUUUUCUUUUUGGAAUCUUGAUUUAAAAAUUCCUGAGUUAAUCGGAACGUCAACACAACAUCCGAAUUCAAGCAUUAGAUUUAGAUCCAAACCCUAACCGCAGAAUCCAUAAUUCCUAAACAUGUUGAAACAAUUGGUAGUAAUCCAUCUCCUACUAUUUUUCGCCGCUCCAAUCCGCUGCGGCAAGCCCCACGCCAUCAAUUUCCGAUGGCCGAAUCUCUAUCCGCAGUCCUUCGCCUGGGACCCCAAAUCCGAUCACUUCGUCGUCGGCUCCCUCCGCCACCGCCAGAUCAUCUCCGUCUCCGACGCCGGCGUCGUCUCCUCACUCCUCUCCGACGCCUCGCUCCCCGCGGACUCCUCCUUCGUCGGAAUCUCGCUGGAUCCCCGCCACCGCCGCCUCCUCGCCGUCGUCCGCCGCCUCUCCCCUCCCUUCUCCGCCCUGGCCUGCUACGACCUCCGCACCUUCCGCCAGCUCUUCCUCACCCCGCUCGAUAACCUCCUCCCAUCCGCCGUCGCCGCAAGCGACGUCGCCGUCGAUUACUCCGGCGACGCCUACGUCACCGACUCCGCGAACGACGCGAUCUUCAAAGUGAGCGAGCAAGGCGAGGCGUCGAUACUGUCCAGAUCCAAGCACUUCAAAUCCGAGGCCGCCGCGGGCGGGCUCAACGGCGUCGUUUACGACACCAAAGGCUAUCUGCUGGUGACUCAGUCGAGCACGGGGAAGCUGUUCAAAGUCUUCACCGACGACGGCUCGGCGAGGCGCGUGAUUCUGAACAAGGAGCUGACGGCGGCCGAGGGCAUCGCCGUUAGGAGGGACGGCGUCGUUUUGGUGGCGUCGAAGCGUAAGGUGUAUUUCGUCAAGAGCGACGACAGCUGGAGCCAGGGAGCGGUGUUUGACGAAACUGCCCUCGAGGAGGGGCACGCCAGCGCCGUGACCGUCGGGGCGGAUAAUAGGGUAUACGUGUUAUAUGGGAAUGUCGACGAGGGCAUGAUGGGGAAUUCGGAGAGAGAGGAGUUUGCCAUUGUACAAGUGGAAUCCGAAGCGGAGGGUAAAGAAGAGAAUGUGUGGAUUUUCGUAUUGAUAGGUUUGGGAUUUGCUUAUUUCUUGUUUUGGAGAUUCCAAAUGCGCCAGCUUGUGCAGAACAUGGACAAGAAACAUGCUUGAUUUUUUUUUUUUUUUUUUGAGAGGAAUGCUUGAUUUUUUCUGUUAUCUUUUCUUUCAGUAAGUUUGAUUGAGUAAUAGGUGAUUUUAUUUUUUUGUGGAGGAACUAGGAAGUAGUUCAUAAGUUACUAUGUGUUUUCUUACACUUUAUCAGUGGACUUGUAAUAUGUAAAGAUACAUGCUCACUUGACACUUCUAACUCCGAAAAGAAACUUCUUGGAAUCAA